AUGAAGCUUCUUUCGAGGGAGCCCCUGGCCAUAAGUAUUGGCAACACCCACUUUUCUGCCACCAAAAGGCACCAUGAUUGUGGCGGGGGUUGUCAAUAUUUAUGGCCUGGCACUAUCCCAGCAGAGGCAAGAUGGGUUCGCCUGAUUAAGUCGACAUACACGGAUCCCGAGGGGGUGACGAGGACAUGGGAGUCUGCUGAACGACAGACUAGGCCUAAAAACUGCCCGAUUGAUGGCGUCGGCAUUGUCACGAUACUAUCCAAGCCCUCGGGCCCAGAACUGCUGCUGCAAAAGCAAUACAGGCCUCCGGUUGACAUGGUAGUCAUUGAAGUGCCUGCCGGUCUUAUUGAUGAGGGCGAAACGCCUGAGGAAUGCGCUGUGAGGGAACUUAAAGAGGAGACGGGGUAUGUAGGCGUUGCGGAAGAGAGGAGCCCAAUUAUGUAUAAUGACCCUGGUUUCUGUAACACCAACCUCAACAUGAUCCACGUCCGCGUCGACAUGACUCUCCCGGAAAACCAAAACCCACAGCCCCAGCUCGAAGAGAACGAGUUCAUCGAGUGCUUCAGCAUCCCGCUAGCAACUCUGUAUGAGGAAUUGAAACGCCUGGAAGCGGAAGGGUAUGCGAUUGAUGCUAGGGUAGGGACGUUGGCGGAGGGUAUCGAGUUUGGGAAGAAGUUGGGAUAG